CGGAGGACCCGCCCCCCGCGCGAUUCUAUUGGCUAGUGCAGGCUCCAACUAAGCUGUGACUGGUUGACGCGAGAGGAGGCCGACUCGACCCGGAAGAGUCAUGGCGGUGGUCCCGGACCUGCGGGAAGAGGUCGAUGCGCUGCUCCUGCAGCUGUUCAGCGACCUGGAGGAACUGGAGGCGAAGCGGGCGGCGCUGAACACCCAGGUGGAAGAGGGUUGGUUCUCCCUCUCCAAAGCUCGGUAUGCCAUGGGGGCCAAGUCGGUGGGCCCGCUGCAGUACGCCUCCCACAUGGAGCCCCAGGUCUGCGUCUCCACCUGCGAGGCCCAGGAUGGACUUCAGAAGUUCUGGCUUGUUAAAGGUGGCACCCUGACUCCAGAGGAGGUGGGGCCCCAGGAGACAGCACUGCGUAGGAGAAAGGGCAUCACCAGCACACCAGAGCCAUCGACUUCCCCAGCCCAGCAAGACCCCCUAAACUGGUUUGGAAUCCUGGUUCCUCAUAGUCUGCGAACGGCACAGGCCAGCUUCAGGGAGGGCCUGAAGCUGGCUGCAGACAUGGCGAACCUUCAGACUCGAAUUGACUGGAGCCAGAAGCAACUCCGGGAACUCCAGGAAAAACUCAGGCUUCAGAAAUGUGGGGAUGUACAACCUGUGACCACUGCAGCAGGACACUGACUGCCAUUCCAAAUGACUCCCUGUAUGAGUGACACAGAUGUCUUUCCAUGUGACAUACCCAUCUCAGCAAUAAACUGUCCUUCCACAUGAUCUUCCUGUGUCAGUGACAUAGCUGCCCUUGCAUGUGACCAUCCGGUUUCAGGCCUUUCUCAUAUACUGUUCCUACCCCUACCCUAUCAAAGUCUCUUAAUAUUUUCUUGUCUGCACCUAUUUUUGUUUAAAAAAAAAAAACUUGAACAGUUUAAAGAAAUAAAAUGAGGUUGAAAGUCCCUACUA